AUGUCUGCAUCAGUCACCGCCUCCACUUCCCUCCCUGACAGCCCUCGCCCCAGUCGCCUGCGUCGCUUCAGCCAUUUACGAACUUAUACUCACAACAUCUCCGCGACCUUGCCGACCGGUAAUCGUUAUAGACACAGUUUGAGUAGUCGACUUCCUUGGUGGUCCUCGAUCUCGGACUCGAUCUCUCCGACAAACCCCACAGCUCCCCCAUGCCCAGAAAGUGACCACCCGACACUUUCUCGUUACACCUCUGCGCCCGCCCCGAGUUACGGUUUUGGUGCCGAACUCAGCAGCCCAACCUCCUCGACUGAGUCCACCGAUUCUACACCCUCGAACGACGUUACUCAAACGUCACAUGUUAUGGCCCGCUUGAGGAGCGCAUCGGCCGUUCAGCGUCCACCACCUCGUACAGUAGAGCGGGCCACAGACACCAAUCCUCAAGAGUCCACUCCUUCCCCCGAGCCGGGCCCCGCCUCAAGUAAUGCAGCCGAGCCUACCAGCGCUCCCGCAGAGGAGCAGGUGGCUCCAUCAAAAUCGGACACAAAGGCAACCAUCCGGUUCUUCCCUUACCAAGACUCUGUUCAAAGCUCCAGGCCCUCGUUGCCUUUCGUCCCAGUUGCCCGCACCUUGCCGUCCGAGAGCUGUGUGAUUCGGGUCGGUCGAUACUCGGAGCGCGAUGGGCUGUCGACCCCCAACCCCACUGAGCCCUCGGAUGCCCCAGUGGGAUUCAAGUCGAAGGUAGUCAGCCGCAAACAUUGCGAGUUCUUGUACGUGAAUGGACAGUGGCAUCUCAAAGAUGUUGGCAGUUCUUCGGGCACUUUCUUGAACCACAUGCGCUUGAGUCAGCCGAAUAUGGUCUCCCGUCUGUAUUCCAUCAAAGACGGUGACAUCGUGCAGUUGGGUAUCGACUUCCGCGGCGGAGAAGAAAUGAUCUUUCGAUGCGUCCGGAUUCGAAUCGAAUGCAAUCGAUCAUGGCAGCAGAAACCCAAUGAGUUCAACAAAAACACAGAAAGUCUUAUCAAAAACUUAGGGAAGGGUGAAACAUCUGACUACUCGGGUUGCCGUGAAUGUUCAAUUUGUCUUGGCUCUGUCUUGCGGCCUUACCAGUGUUUGUUCAUGGCAGCAUGCGCACAUGUCUGGCAUUACAAAUGCAUCAGUCGUCUACUUCACUCGCCCGAUUACCCUAUGUUCCAAUGUCCCAACUGCCGUGCAUUCACUGAUCUCAACGCCGAGGUCGAUGAUUCGAAUGACGCCGAGGAGAAAAAUGAGACCCAGCCGACGGAAGUCAUGGCAUCCACUGACUCUGGAGAGCAGGCUGAGACGGAGCGGCGUUCGGUUAUUGAAACAAACAGCACAGAGGGAUCGCAUGAGCAGCUUGGAGAUCUUGCUGAAGAACACUUGGCCAGCGAUGUUGAGAAUCUGCAUCUUCAAGAUGAUCAGCAGACCGAUGACACUCGAAGCUCAGCCUCGCCGGCCCCCAAUUCAAGCACCGAUGACCUGAUUCGCAGCGCGACUAUUAGCAUCCCCGGGUGGCAACCGACACAACCACUCAAUGUGCCGGCUCGUCAAUCACAACUACGAUCAGACACCCCAACAUCUGAUGACAACCCAUUGACUCCACGAAACGACUCGGGUCCUCUGGCCUUUGAUGGUCGAGCAGGGAUGCCGUGA